AAGCUACCUAAGUCAGUCAGUGUCAGUGUCAGUGCCACUUUGAUCUAUUGCAUGGCUGAUUAUCCUUUUAACGUUUCCCCAAAUGACAAUUCUCCUCCUUUAGAAAACCUUUCACCCACUGGGGGCACCUUAUUAUCACCUCGUAGGCAUCCGAAUUUCAGAGGAAUUCGACAGAGGAAUGGGAAAUGGGUCUCCGAAAUUCGUGAGCCUCGAAAGACUACACGUAUAUGGUUAGGAACUUUCCCCAAUCCCGAAAUGGCAGCUGUCGCUUAUGACGUUGCAGCUUUGGCAUUAAAAGGCCCUGAUGCCCAAUUAAACUUUCCUGAUUGUGCAUACUCGUACCCUAUCCCUGCUUCUCUGUCAGCCGCAGAUAUUCGUGCUGCAGCUGCAAAUGCUGCUGCUGCUAGAGCACCUCCUUUGUCAGAAAUCAGUACAGCUGGAGGUACUGCAGCAGCAGCGGGAGGUGGGCAAGAGUUUGUGGAUGAAGAAGAGAUAUUUGGAAUGCCGAAAUUGCUGGAUGAUAUGGCAGAGGCAAUGCUUGUUAGCCCGCCAAGGAUGCAUCAAUCAACUUAUUACGAUGAAUCACCUGAAAACUCUGAUGCGGAUAGUCUUUGGAGUUACCCAUAAAAGUAUGAGUAAAAUAUGGCCCCCCCUUGUGUACAGUCCAGAAACUAGAAUAACGGAACCACUAUUUAUAGUUAGUGGGGUUUGCAUUAUGUUUUUGUUUGUUAUGGUGUUUUUACCAAAUAGUCCUUUCAGCAGUA